AUGAUAUCUUUUGUUCCAGUAUCGACAGUUGACGUGGACGCAGUACUUGGCCGGACGGCAUCAUUGCCGUGUGACGUCACACCUGAUGCUAAUGAAGAUCGGGUUUAUAUGGUGCUUUGGUUUAGAAAAAGUGGUGGAAAACCAAUAUAUAGUUUCGACGUCCGUGGCCGUUCCUUCAACAAAGCACUGCAAUGGUCAGACCCCGGUGCUUUCGGUCCUCGGGCAUAUUUCGCAACAGUUGCGAGGCCAGCAGCGUUGACAUUGAGUUCAGUACAAUUGGACGAUGAAGGAGUUUACAGAUGCCGAGUCGACUUCAAGAACUCGCCGACAAGAAACUUCCAGAUUCGACUUACUGUUAUAGUGCCUCCUCAUCAAAUGCUGCUUUACGACAAGUCUGGAGCUGAUGUAUCUGGCGUUGUCGGUCCUUUAGAAGAAGGGACAGCUUUAGUACUAGUUUGUGAAGUACGAGGUGGCCGUCCAGAGCCGGUGGUCACAUGGCUGAUAGAUGGCAUCCCAGCUCCUCAAUACAUCGGCGUGAAGACUGAUACACACGUGGUGGUGAAUAGACUUGAACUCCAACAUUUGAAGAGAGAGGACCUCAACACUACCUUUAAAUGCAGAGCAGCAAAUACCCAUCUAGUGCAACCUCAGGAGAAAUCUGUCAGAUUAGAAAUGAAUUUGGCUCCAAUUUCCGUCUCAUUAUUAAAUCGGCCACAGCAAUUUCUUGCGGGUACAUCUGCGUCUAUACGCUGUAUGGCCGAAGGUAGUAGACCAUCAGCCCAGAUUGCCUGGUACAAGGACAACAGGAGUUUCGACAAAGGAAAGGUAACUGCGCAGUCGAAUGAGACAUGGUCAAUUAGCACGUUGACAUAUACGCCCACUCCAGCGGACAACAGCGCUAUUGUGAAGUGUGUGGCCACCAACCCAACGCUGCCUACAAAAGCAAUUGACGACCACUUACAGCUAAAUGUUGUAUACAGCCCACUGGUGACGUUAUCGCUAGGCAGUACUCUCAAUCCACAUGACAUAAAAGAAGGUGAUGACGUAUACUUCGAGUGUAACGUAAGAGCGAAUCCCCGAGAGCAUCGGAUAUCCUGGUACCAUAAUGAUAGGCCGGUGACGCAGAACAUGUCGUCAGGGAUCAUUCUCAGUACGCGGUCACUCGUGUUACAAAAGGUAACGAGGCGAGAAGCUGGAGGUUAUUCAUGCCGGGCUGCAAACACUAGGGGCGAGACAUCCAGUGACAUCGUGCGACUGAGAGUGCAGUAUGCACCGGUUUGUGGUGAAUUAUCACCACAAGUCGUUGGCGCUGCGCUGGAUGAAGCGCUGCGUGUCCGGUGCGCUGUACACGCCGACCCCGCAGAAGUUGUUUUCUUGUGGCAGUUCAACAAUAGUGGGGAGAGUUUCAAUGUAUCACCCGCUCGAUAUGGUACAGUAAACGGAAGCGUCAGCGAACUUCGAUACACGCCGGCCAGUGAAAGGGACUAUGGAGCGUUAACAUGCCGAGGAACUAACACUGUGGGUCGUCAGGAUCAACCUUGUGUCUUCCAAAUAGUUCCAGCAGCUCGCCCAUCACCUCCACGCAACUGUACGGUAUCGGCUGGGAACAACACCAAUUGGAUAGAGGAUUCUGGUCAUGAGGAUUUGGGAGGUGCUUUAGUUGUACGUUGUGUUGCUGGGUAUGAUGGAGGUCUACCACAACUGGUUGUACUCGAAGCUUUGGAUGCUGUUAGUGGAAUAGUAAAAUUCAACGUUACUAGCAAUGAAACUGAUGGUGUGGCUUUAUUUCUUGUGCCACCGACAGUUCUGUGGUCGAGUGGCAAUACUCUUCGACUUACAGUGCAUUCACGAAAUGAUAAAGGCGCCUCUGAACGGAUUAUGGUACAUGCUCUAGCUUACCAAGAUCCAGAAAGAAGAACAGAUGGAAGCAACAAUUUGGUGGCUGGUGUUUCGAGAGGUGCUUUUUGGGCGAUCAUCCUUACGUCACUUGUUUUUGCCACAGCCGCUAUUGUAACUGGUUAUUUUCUGCGUAGAAAAAGAAUCAGACCACCCAUGAAGCAACAGUCUUCGGAACUACAAUUAAAUGCAGGCGACAGCCAAUAUGUUGUAGCUUACACAUUGAAACCUCCUAAACAAGCACAACCAGAUAUAUUAAAUCCACCACCUGAUAAAAAAGAUGGCGGCCCUCCAAAUGUGAAGUGUGGUAUAGAGGUGGCUGUCAAAAAUGGCCCUCUCGGUGAGACUGAAGAGUGGGCGAGUGGACUCGGCUCGCUGCACGCAACGGGAGAACGAAAUUUAUUAUCUCCACCGAGGUCUUCGUCUGCCAAACAGCCAAUAUCUGGAAACAUGACGUUAAGUAGAAGAGAGCAUCUCAUAGCAGAAGAGAUACCAGGACCAGAGAGUUGUGUAUAGAACCAUUAGGUCAACGAUAAAAAAAAUAGCAAAAUAAUUAUUGUAAUUUUUGUAAAUAUUAAUUUGUAUGUAUUGACUGUGAAAAUGUGAUAAAUACAUUUGUAAAUA